UCAAUCACGGGGACCAGAUAAAUGUUCCCACAAGGUUAAAACCUGUAGGACAUUUGGAUCACACCAAUAUAUAUGGAACACACAAACACUUUACGCGUAAUUUAAAACCAUCAAAUCUUGAUAUAAUGGUAAAUUUCUCCCAGUCCGUUGUGCGUCUGUCCUAAUGCGCGUUUCUCAUCCAGAGACGGUUAAGAAUUGUCUCAAUCUGGCAACCCCGAGUCUUUCCUGCACAUGUAACAGUGAGCAGCGGUGAUCCUUUCCUCUCGAUCUGCAGCACGUUUCCACUUUAACUCCUCUGUCAGGCUUUGACUCCCACAGCACACUGAGGGACGAACAGCAGGACAUAGGCUUGUCCACUUCUCUCUCUGGGUGUUGACUUUUAUCGCGUCACUCAUCGCAGGAGGAAGAAUGAAGGAGGACAGAAAUCUCGGGCACUUUCUCUGCGCGCUGGAGAAAUGACGAUGCGUAAAAGAGUGCCGGAGAAUCAGGAAAACUCAGACCUUCACCAAGCUCCAGCCUGCACUUCCACAAGACCUCGGGCACGAGGGCACUGGAAACGGAGUUUAUACUGCGAUUAAUCGACUAAAGUUUGAAAACGCAAACACACACACACACACACACACACCUGCUCCGGACCAAACAUGAGGUACAACCAGGACUGAACACUGAAUGUGAGGACCUCAGGUGCUGAAGAUGGAGUGUACGUUGGUGGGAUCGCUUCGGCUGCCUCUUCUGGUUCUGCUCAGCGGAGUGUCUUUAGGAGUCGUGGAUCUUGAGAUGGUUCCUCAGCAUGGAGGAUCACCUGCUCUUAAGAACAUCACCUUGGCUGUUAUCUUACCCCACAAUAACACAGAGUACCCCUGGGCUUGGCCUCGGGUGGGUCCUGCUCUAAACUGGGCUGUGGAGAAGGUUAACUCGGACCCCACGCUGUUGCCGGGUUACCACAUGCAUCUCGUCUUCAGCAGCAGCGAGAACAAGGACGGUGUGUGCUCUGACUCGGUGGCACCCCUAGUGGCUGUCGACCUGAAGUUCGCACAUGACCCGUGGGCUUUCAUCGGGCCGGGUUGUGACUACGCGUCGUCACCCGUCGCCCGCUUCACCACACACUGGGAGGUUCCCAUGGUGACGGCCGGAGCGCCGGCGUUAGGGUUUUUCAUGUAUUCUUCCAUCACAAACAUGGGACCGACGCAUGAAAAGCUGGGCCAAUUUGUGGUGAAGAUGCACAGGGACUUCGGCUGGCACAAGUACGCCAUGUUCAUGUUCCACGACCAGAAGAACGACGACCGGCCAUGCUACUUCGCCGUGGAGGGACCGUAUACGAAGAUGAAAGCAGUGAACAUCACAGCUGAGCACAUCGUGUUUAACGAGAACAUGUCAGUUUCCUACACCGAGCUCAUUAACGAUAUUAGCCAGCAAGCGCGCGUGGUGUACGUUUGCUGUAAGCUGCAGACGUUCAGGAAGCUGAUGGUGCAGUUUAGGAAGCAGCAGCUUCCCCAGGAGGAGUACGUCUUCUUCUUCAUUGAUCUGUUUGGAGAGAGCGUGCAGAGACGUCCGGCUAAGCCUUGGGUUCAAGGAGAUGCAGACGAUCACAUUGCCAAGGAAGCCUUUAAAAGUGUAAAGAUUCUGACCUACAGAGAGCCCCAGAACCCUGAAUACAAAACAUUUGUGUCCAGGUUGAAGACCGACGCUCAGAAAAUGUUCAACUUCAACAUAGACGACUCACUGAGGAACAUAAUACCCGGAGGCUUCCAUGACGGAGUGCUGCUCUACUCUCAUGCCCUGAACGAGACUAUGAGCCAGACAGGACAUAAACCGUCAGGUUCUGUGGUCACAAAGAGGAUGUGGAAUCGUACUUUUUAUGGUGUCACAGGGCUGGUGGAGAUGGACGAUGAAGGCAACAGAGAAAUCAACUUCGCUCUCUGGGACAUGACUGACACUGACUCGGGAGUUUAUCAGAUCGUGUCAGUGUAUAACAGCAGUCUGAAGCAGAUGAUUCCUGAGCCAGGGAUGAAGGUGCACUGGCUGAAAGGCGUUCCUCCUCCUGACAUCCCAGUGUGCGGCUUUAAGAACGAUAAUCCUUCAUGUCUGGCCAGAACAGUCACCAUGCAUCAGAUGAUCUUGAUAGUGGUGUGCUUCAUCUUCAUCAUCAUCGUCACCAUCACAGUCUUCAUCUACAGAAAGGUGAAGCUGGAGAAUGAGUUAGCGGCCCAGCUGUGGAGGGUCCACUGGGAGGACAUUCAGAUUAAUAACAUCGAGAAAGCCUUACGUAGGACAUGCAGCAGACUGACACUGUCAGUGAGAGGCUCUAACUAUGGCUCCCUGCUGACCAUGGAGGGAAAUGUUCAGAUUUACGCCAAGACCUGUUACUACAAGGGAAACAUAACAGCCAUAAAGUACAUCAAUAAGAAGCGCAUCGAGCUCACCAGGAAGCUGCUGUUUGAGCUCAAACAUAUGCGGGAUGUUCAGAACGAGCACCUGACCAGAUUUAUUGGAGCCUGCAUAGAUCCCCCGAACCCCUGCAUCCUCACUGAGUACUGUCCAAGGGGCAGCUUACAGGAUCUCAUGGAGCUUGAGAGUAUUACGCUGGACUGGAUGUUCCGGUAUUCUCUGAUCAAUGACAUUGUUAAAGGAAUGUCCUUCAUUCAUAACAGUGUGAUCAGCUGCCAUGGCAACCUGAAGUCCUCCAACUGCGUGGUGGACAGCCGCUUCGUGCUGAAGAUCACAGACUACGGGCUGGUCAGCUACCGCAACGAGAGCAGCAACGAGGACACACACGCUUAUUACGCACGUAAGCUGUGGACAGCUCCAGAGCUCCUGCGUGGAGAGAACAGACCAGCGUGCGGCACUCAGAAGGGAGACGUGUACAGUUUUGGCAUCAUCCUGCAGGAACUGGCUCUCCUCAAGGGAGUUUUUUACCUGGACGGACCUACGCUCAGCCCUAAACAGAUCGUGGAGCGUGUGGCAGAUGGACGAUGGCCCUACCUGCGCCCCCUGCUGUGCACUCAGAGCCACAGUGAAGAGCUGGGGCAGCUGAUGCAGCGCUGCUGGGCAGAGGAACCCAGCGACAGGCCUGAUUUUAACCAGAUCAAAGUGAUGCUGCGUAAACAAAACAGAGGCUAUGGCUCCAACAUCCUGGAUAAUCUGCUCUCGCGCAUGGAGCAGUAUGCGAAUAACCUGGAGGAGCUUGUGGAAGAGAGGACACAGGCUUAUCACGAGGAGAAACGCAAAGCUGAGGCCCUGCUCUAUCAGAUCCUGCCUCACUCGGUGGCGGAGCAGCUGAAAAGAGGCGAGACGGUGCAGGCCGAAGCCUUCGACUCGGUCACUAUUUACUUCAGCGAUAUAGUGGGCUUCACAGCUCUGUCUGCAGAAAGCACACCCAUGCAGGUGGUCACUCUGCUGAAUGACCUGUACACGUGCUUCGACGCCAUCAUUGAUAACUUUGACGUUUACAAGGUGGAGACCAUCGGUGAUGCCUACAUGGUUGUAUCAGGACUUCCUGUGAGGAACGGGAAGCUGCAUGCACGGGAAAUCGCCCGGAUGUCUCUGGCCCUUCUCAAAGCCGUGCACACCUUCAGGAUUCGCCAUCGACCUGACCAACAGCUCCGUCUGCGCAUCGGCAUUCACACCGGCCCUGUGUGUGCUGGGGUUGUUGGACUGAAGAUGCCAAGGUAUUGUUUGUUUGGUGACACAGUUAACACGGCUUCACGCAUGGAGUCAAAUGGGGAAGCGCUAAAAAUCCAUGUAUCAGAGGCGACGCGACUGGUGCUGCAAGAGUUCAACUGCUUCCAGCUGGAGCUGAGAGGAGACGUGGAAAUGAAGGGCAAAGGAAGGAUGAGGACCUACUGGCUCCUGGGGGAGAGCAUAGCCGAGCACGCCUGAGCGGGGAGUGGCAGCACACAGGAGGAAGCACGGGGAGAGAAAUAUAUAUGAUCAUGUAGCAGAAACGGCCAUGACGACAGUGAGAGAGAGAGAGAGAGAGAGAGAACCACGGCGAUGGAACUGACUACAGGGUGGAGCUGCACAGGUUUAAAGAAAUCCCUGGAAAUUCCUUUUGGGGUAAAAUAAAUAGGAAAUCAGCAUUCCUUGCAGGAAUGGAAGGUUGAUAUACAGUAAACAUUUCAAUCAGCUGGACAGAAUCAUCUAGUAGUGUGAUGUCUUUUUCUCUAGUUUCCCUAGGAUGGCUGAAGAGUUCGGUCAUCGUCUCUGACUAGUGUCCUAUGGGGUUUGUUUUUAUAUUCAAAAUGAAAAGUGGUAUGAGAUUGGCGGACGGUCAUGUAUCAUAAUAUGUUAUAUUUUGUUAUAGUUUGGAGCAGUGCACCCCCUUGCGUCAUACUGAAUGUGUUCAUCUCCCUAUUAAACACCUCUUAGCUCUGAUAAAACAGACUGACCUGCAGAUAUGUAAGUAACCAUAUGCCAAUCAUCAUGAUAUUAUGAUAUUUCACACACACUGUUAUAAACACGUCUAAAUAUUGUAUAGGUGUUCAGGUGUAGGUCUCACAAGACAAAGACGGUAACCUGAUUUUGGCCGUAUUUGAAUGUGCAUAAAAAUGAAAAUAAAAACGAUAUAUAGUUCCUUAUUUUGGCAUUGUUUCAGGGUGUAAAAAAUUUGAAUAGUGUUUUUACAGCUAGAUUUUUUUUUAAAAAUCCUUAAAGAUAUUUGUCCAGAACGAUGUAGAAAAGUUAUUAUAUUUUUAUCUAGGCUUUAUGCAAAUGUCACGUUUUUAAACGAGUCCUGCAGAGAUCUGUUACUCACAAGGUCACUAAAACCAACAAAGAUUCCUACAUUUGCCUGAAGCAUCACAGAAGAGCAAGCCCAUUGCUCUGUCCAUCACUUUAGUUCAGUUCAGUUUGAUUUGGAUAUCGCUUUAAACAAUAGACUUUGUCUCAAAGCAGCUUUACGGAGAUAUUAAAAUUCACAAUGACAAAGUUUAAAAUUUAGAUUUAGAUUUAUUCCCAGAGUCCAGUGUCAAGGAAAAACUAAAAAAAAAAAAAAAAACUCAGGAAAAGACGAUAUGAGGAAGAAACCUUGAGAGGAACCAGACUCAAAAGCUGAAGCAGUAGUUAUUGUUCCAUAAAAAUAAAAAUAAAAAAAACACUGACAGAAAAAUGAAUUGCUAUGAAUUUUUUAAAGUCAUGGUUUAGAACAUUACUAUAUUAAUAUUAAAUACCAUAUUAAAUAAUUUAAAACAUAUUAAAGGAUUUUAUAUAAUAUAAAAUGAAUAUUAAUAUAAUAAUUAAUAUAAUAUUAAUUAGUAUAUAUAUAUAUAUAUAUACUAAUUAAUAUUAUAUUAAUUAUUAUAUUAAUAUUCAUCUUAUCAUAUAUAUGAAUGAAUAUUCAAUAUUCAUUCAUAUAUAUAAAAUAAAAAAUACUUUCAUAUUAUUAUUAAAGUUAUAUUAUUAUUAUUAUUAUUUAAUAUGGUAUUUAAUAUUAAUAUAUUAAUGUUCUAAACCAUGUAUAUAUACAGAUAUAUUUUUGUUUUUGUUUUUUUGUUUUUUGUUCCCGAACAUCACCUGGUCUCUCUGGUCUUAAACUGUCCUAAUGUGUUUUUACUGCCUCUAUGUCCACUGUAGCCUCAGAUUCCUGUUUUUGUCAGACAGGAGUGGACCCUGAUGUGGUUUUCUGCUGCACCUCACCUCAUGCUUUAUUGUCUUGUUCAUUCUGAGAUGCUUUUCUCCUCAGCCCGGUAGUAAAAAGUGAUUAUUUGGGUAACUUUAGCCUUCCUGUCAGUCUGGCUGUUUUCUUCUGUCUCUCUCUCAUCAGCAAGGCUUUUCCACCCAAAGACGUGAGGAUGUUUUUUUGUUUUUUCCACCAAUGCCGUGUAGAGUUUGUGUUUUGUGUGAAACUCCCAGACGAUCAGCAGAUUCUGAAAUAUUCUCGAACCAGAUCACUGAGAUCACUGUUCUGAUGUUUAAUGUGAACGUUCACUAAAGAUCUUGACUUGUAUAUGUAUGAUGUAUUGCCACCUAAAGGGUGGCACCUUCAAAGGUUUUGAAGGUAUCAUGACACAUAAUGUCAUUUCAUCUUCAGAUAUAGUUUAUUUCCGAAACAUAUUAAGAACGCUCGUUCAGGACGAGAUCAAGCCGAGACAGCUGGAAAAGAUCUACGAUACGCCGGAUCGUCUCUCCAAACCCUCCUGAGGAGAAAGCUUGUACAGAACAUCCGAGUGCCAGCUCAAGGACUCCACAGACACACUGAUUGUAUAUGACCAGCUCAAGUGCUCACACACCAGUAGUUCCUUUUAAGGAGUGUGUAUGUAGAAGUUUUUUAAAAAAAAUUGCCAAAUUCUCAACUUGUAAUCCUAUUGUAACACUCAGACUCUCUGAACACACCACAGCAAGACCAGCUCAUGUGGUGAAGAUACUUGAUUUAUAAUGUGAUGUGUUAAAAGUGCAGCUCAGUGUUUUUUCCUCCAUCUCCCUCUCUUUGUCUCUCUCUCUUUCUCUCUAUCUCUCUUUCUGUCUCUUUUUCUCUCUCUGCCCCCCCCACUCUGUCUCUCUCUCUCUCUCUCUCCUUAUCUCUCUUUCUCUGUCUCUCUCUCUCUCUCUGUCUCCUUCUCUCCCCCCCUCUCUCUUUCUCUGUCUCUCUCUCUGUCUCUCUCUGUCUCCUUCUCUCUCCACCUCUCCCCCCUCUCUCUCUUUCCUUUCUCUCUCUCUCUCUCUCUCUCUCACUUUUUAGGAAGGGCUUCAUCAAUCUUGUGUUUAUUUUUAUUAGCUGUCGGAAAAUUGUGCUUCGGUUCCGUUUGGGAGAUUAUAAAGAGAAAAGAAUCUAAAGUAUAUGUUAGAAAUAUCUUACUGUGAGUAUUUGUGUACUUUAUGGUGUGACUGAGCUUUUUGUAAAAAAAGAUAAUAAUAAUAAACAAAUUUACAACAAAAAAAAAGCUAUCAACAAUAAAGGGUGAAUAUGA